CGCGGCGUAGGUGGCGCUAGAGGCCGCUUUGGGGGUUGUAAGGAGACAGCGCUGCCGCCAUUUUGUGGGGUGUUUGUCGCAGCGGCUGGAGAGGGAAGACGGCGGUUUGGCGACGUUUUUCGGCCAGAGGGCCUUUUGCUUUUGCGGAGAUGCGGCAUUCCAAAAGAACUCACUGCCCUGAUUGGGAUAGCAGAGCAAGCUGGGGCCAUGAAAGCUACAGUGGAAAUCACAAACGGAAGAGGAGGUCCCACAGUAGUACGCAAGAGAACAGACACUGUAAACCACAUCACCAGUUUAAAGAAUCUGAUUGUGCUCCAUGUGCAUCCCUCUUGAAGCUUCGCACUCUGUUGAAGAGGACACCAUUCCAGUCAUUAUUUAGAAGCGAGGUCCUUGAAUGAGCGAGAUUAUCGGGACCGGAGAUACGUUGAUGAAUACAGAAAUGACUACUGUGAAGGCUAUGUUCCUAGACAUUAUCACAGAGACGUUGAAAGCGGUUAUCGAGUCCACUGCAGUAAAUCUUCGGUCCGAAGCAGGAGAAGCAGUCCUAAAAGGAAGCGUAAUAGACACUGUUCAAGUCAUCAGUCACGUAUGAUGAAAUCGUGGACACUUUGGGUGAAGGGGCCUUUGGCAAAGUUGUAGAGUGCAUUGAUCAUGGCAUGGAUGGCAUACAUGUAGCAGUGAAAAUUGUAAAAAAUGUAGGUCGAUACCGUGAAGCAGCUCGUUCAGAAAUCCAAGUAUUGGAGCAUUUAAAUAGUACUGAUCCCAAUAGUGUCUUCCGAUGUGUCCAGAUGCUAGAAUGGUUUGAUCAUCAUGGUCAUGUUUGUAUUGUGUUUGAACUACUGGGACUUAGUACCUAUGAUUUCAUUAAAGAAAAUAGUUUUCUACCAUUUCAAAUUGACCACAUCAGGCAGAUGGCGUAUCAGAUCUGCCAGUCUAUAAAUUUUUUGCAUCAUAAUAAAUUAACCCAUACAGAUCUGAAGCCUGAAAAUAUUUUAUUUGUGAAGUCUGACUAUGUAGUCAAAUAUAAUUCUAAAAUGAAACGUGAUGAACGCACACUGAAAAACACAGAUAUCAAAGUUGUUGACUUCGGAAGUGCGACGUACGACGAUGAACAUCAUAGUACUUUGGUAUCUACGCGGCAUUACAGAGCUCCAGAGGUCAUUCUGGCUUUAGGUUGGUCCCAGCCUUGUGAUGUUUGGAGCAUAGGUUGCAUUCUUAUUGAAUAUUACCUUGGUUUCACAGUCUUUCAGACUCAUGAUAGUAAAGAGCACCUGGCAAUGAUGGAACGAAUAUUAGGACCCAUACCGACACACAUGAUUCAGAAAACAAGAAAGCACAAGUAUUUCCACCAUAACCAGCUAGACUGGGAUGAACACAGUUCCGCCGGCCGAUAUGUUAGGAGACGCUGCAAACCAUUAAAGGAAUUUAUGCUUUGUCAUGAUGAAGAACAUGAGAAACUGUUUGACCUGGUACGAAGAAUGUUAGAAUAUGACCCAGUGAAAAGAAUCACCUUGGAUGAAGCCUUGCAGCAUCCUUUCUUUGACUUAUUAAACAAUAAAUGAAAUGGAAAUCAGUGGUCUUACUAUAUAUUUCUCUAGAAGAGAUUACUUAAGACUGUGUCAGUCAACUCUAAACAUUCUAAUAUUUUUGUAAACAUUAAAUUAUUUUGUACAGUUAAAUGUAAAUAUUGUAUGUUUUGUAUCAAUAGCAUAAUUACCUUGUUAAGCAAGUAUGGUCUUGAUAAUGAACUAUAAAAGUUAAAAUUAAUUUUCCUUUUUGAGAUUAAUUACCAUUUUUAAAGAUCUUUGGAAUAUUCUUUGUGUCCAGUGAUAAAUGUGAUUGAUCUUGUCUUUUGUACAUGGAGGUCAGCUCUUUGAAGUGAUUUUUUUUUUUUGAGUAAAAGAAAACUUGACUACCUUAUUCUUAAUGAAUAUUCUUUAUAUACCUCAAAUGCAAAACUUUUCAUAACUUUAAAGUUUUUUUCUGUAAUUGUUGAACAGGUAAUAAGUAUUAACUCCCAAUAGUAGGCAGGUAUUGGAAACCAAAACCCAUAGGAAAAUGUUUACUGUUGGAAUUCCAUUAAAUUUUAAGAAUUGUGUUCUGUCUCCGUGGCGCUAAGUAGCAUUUGUGGAAGGCGUCCAGUUUGUCCAUCGUGACAGGUUGUUUAAUAAAACCACAUGCA